GGGGGGGAAAGUGGUAGGGGGAGGGAGAGAGAAAGGAAGUUUCCAAACUUGUCUCCAGUGACAGGAGACAUUUACGCUCUGUAAGAUAAAACUGCCACUUGGAGCCCAGGAGCGCUAAACCUUCCUGGGUUGGCCUGGGGGCUCCAGCAGUCAUGGGCUCGCUGGUCCUGCGACUGUGUGCUCUCUUCUGCCUGGGUGCUCACUGGGUUUCCUGCAGCCCCAUCAUGAGCCUGGACCGGUCACCUCUGGAAGAAGAUAUGCCUCUCUUUGAUGAUGUCUUCUCAGAGCAAGAUGGGGUUGACUUCAACACACUCCUACAGAGCAUGAAGAAUGAGUUUCUCAAGACAUUGAACCUUUCUGACAUCCCUAUGCAGGACUCAGCCAAGGUUGACCCACCAGAGUACAUGCUGGAACUCUACAACAAGUUUGCAGUAGAUCGGACCUCCAUGCCCUCUGCCAACAUCAUUAGAAGUUUCAAGAAUGAAGAUAUGUUUUCCCAACCAGCUAGUUUUAAUGGACUCCGGAAAUACCCUCUCCUUUUUAAUGUGUCCAUCCCUCACCAUGAGGAGGUCAUCAUGGCUGAACUCAGGCUGUACACUCUGGUGCAAAGAGAUCGCAUGAUAUAUGAGGGAGUGGACCGGAAGAUCACCAUUUUUGAAGUCCUAGAAAGCAAAGAGGACAAUGAGGGUGAAAGAAGCAUGCUAGCGUUAGUGUCAGGGGAGAUCUAUGGAACCAGCAGUGAGUGGGAAACUUUUGAUGUCACCGAUGCCAUCAGACGUUGGCAAAAAUCAGGCUCAUCCAAUCACCAGCUGGAGGUCCACAUUGAGAGCAGACGUGAUGAAACUGAUGACAUUGGGAGGGGACAACUGGAAAUAGACACCAGUGCACAGAAUAAGCAUGUUCCUUUGCUUGUUGUAUUUUCUGAUGACCAAAGCAGUGAGAAGGAGCGGAAAGAAGAACUGAAUGAAAUGAUCUCCCAUGAGCAACUUCUGGAGCUAGACAACCUGGGCCUAGAUGGAUUUUCCAGUGGACCUGGGGAAGAGGCUUUGCUGCAGAUGAGGUCCAACAUCAUUUAUGACUCUACGGCCCGCAUCAGAAGGAAUGCCAAGGGAAACUACUGCAAGAGGACCCCUCUCUACAUCGACUUCAAGGAGAUUGGCUGGGACUCUUGGAUCAUCGCUCCACCUGGAUACGAAGCCUACGAGUGUCGUGGUGUUUGCAACUACCCCCUGGCAGAGCACCUCACACCCACAAAGCAUGCGAUUAUCCAGGCCUUGGUCCACCUCAAGAAUUCCCAGAAGGCUUCCAAAGCCUGCUGUGUGCCCACCAAGUUAGAGCCCAUCUCCAUCCUCUAUUUAGACAAAGGUGUCGUCACCUACAAGUUUAAAUAUGAGGGCAUGGCAGUCUCCGAAUGUGGCUGUAGAUAGAAGAGGAGCCCAGCAGCUUAUUUAAUAACUGUACAUGUGUAUAUUUGGUGUUCCUAUUUAAUGAGAUUAUUUAAUAAGGGUGUACAGAUCAUAGAGGCUUGUGGCCUUAGGGAAUUAGGUCAGUUUGUUGUAGGAAAUGCAUA